AUGUUGCUUAGAUUUAUAACCACAACCCAUCAAUUAAAUUGGGCUUCACUCUAUUAUUUCACAAAACACACCAGACCCAAGGCAUAACCUCACAGAGAAAAGACUAGAGCUAAAGCAAUAAGUGAUGAUAAAUCAGGAAAGAUCGCCAAAUCAGAUCAAGAACAAGAACAAAAGCAAUAACAAGAAAAUCUCAAGAAGAAAAUAGAAUUAGAAAAAUUAAGGGCAUUACAACCAAAAAUGCAUACCUGGAGCUCAUUUUAUGAAACGCAUAUUCCUUAAACAAAUAAAAUACCGAAAACAAUUUACCUCUCCUUAGAUCAACAACCUGAAGGAAGGAGAAAGCAUUAUAAAAAGUUUGUUUAACCUCCAGUUGACAUUACUGAAGAGAACAAUUAAAAUUUUCAAAUCAAAUAGCACACUUAUGAGGAUCCCUUUGCACAACCAAAAAGAGCGGGGCUAAUUGCUGUUAAAGUUGGAAUGACUGCAUAAUGGGACAAGUGGGGUUACAGACAUGCAUUAACAGUCUUAUAACUAGACAAUAAUUAAGUUGUUUAAGUGGUGAAGAACGAUACAUACACUGGCUUGUAGGUUGGAGCUGGAGCUGUCAAUAUCAAAACUCUAAAGAAACCCUAGAUAGGACAUUUCCUUAAAGCGAACAUUCCUCCCAAAAAAUAUAUAAAGGAAUUCCCCAUCACUCCUGAAAACGUAUUACCUGUAGGCUUUAUGUUGACUGCAAGACACUUUACUCCAGGCCAGUACAUUGAUAUUUAAGGUAUUUCAACAGGAAAAGGAUUUGGAGGUACUGUCAAAAGACACAAUUUCAAAACACAACCAGCAACUCACGGUAACUCUCUAUGUCAUAGACAAUUGGGAAGUACAGGUUAAAGACAAGAUCCAGGAAGAGUCUUUAAGGGAAAAAAGAUGCCUGGUCAUUUAGGUAAUGAUAAAGUUACAUGUGAGGCGAUCCAAAUUUACAGAAUAGAUGCAGUUAGACAAUUAAUAUACAUAAAAGGUUCAGUUCCAGGAAAACCUGGUUCAAUUGUAUAUUUAAGAGAUUCUUGGAAGGCUUAAAAGAAAAACAAAGAACUUCUUAACUUUCCAACUUUGGCUGUUGAGAAUGGAAAAGAGUAUGCUAAGGAAAUAGUAAUGGAAGCCCCAUUGGAAGAUCCUGAAAUGGAGGAAACUCAUGAGAACGAUUUCCCAAAGGCUGGAGAGGAUGCAGAAGAUUGA